GUUAAAUUGUAGACUAUUCCAUUGGUCUUUAAGAGAACUCACACUCAGGGCACCGGGCCGUGCAAAACAAACUCGCCCUCCUAUUAUACCAUGAAUUACUAUGUUCCAAUGAAAACAGGAGGAAUUCCCAGAUUCCUCCAAUACCGAUCUGCCUGGCGAAUCCAUGCAUGGGGAGAGUGAGGGGCGGCUGGUCAUGGCAUUUUACUAGUGGGAAAAACGUCAGGACCAGGAAAACAACAUUUUUGACUGUUGGGGUAGUUUUGGUGAUUUUACGUCACUGAAAGUAACCUUGGGCUACUUAUUUAGGAAGCGAAUUGAUUUUCUGGAGAGACACGAUUGUUAUUGUAUCAGAACUGAAAGCUAGCCUACUUGCUUGAGCAAUAGAUACAAAGUUACAUCUCCCAGUCCACUGGAUAAUUGUGUGACACGCGGAUCUGGGACGACUACUCGCUGUAAUGGACCACUGGAUUUAAGGAAUUUGGGACGCGUUUUUGGUUCUGGAUUAACAAUUAGUUUCGUCCCCUUCCGUCUGGUGUCAAAACGGAUAGUCGGCGGUCAUGCCAGCGAAAACAAAGUACAAUCUUGUUGAUGAUGGCCAUGAUUUGAGAAUUCCAAUGCAUAACGAGGAAGCAUUCCAACAUGGGAUCAACUUCGAAGCAAAAUACAUCGGCAGUCUGGACGUGGCUCGGCCGAACAGCAGAGUGGAGAUUGUGGCUGCUAUGAGGAGAAUACGGUAUGAAUUCAAAGUGAAAAACAUAAAGAAGAAGAAGGUCAACAUCAUAGUCUCAGUGGAUGGAGUGAAGGUGGCACUAAGAAAAAAGAAAAAAAAGAAGGAAUGGACAUGGGAUGAGAGUAAGAUGAUGGUAAUGCAGGAUCCCAUUUACAGGAUCUUCUAUGUAUCUCAUGACUCCCAGGACCUGAAGAUCUUCAGCUACAUCGCCAGAGAUGGACAGAAUAACGUCUUCCGCUGUAAUGUCUUCAAGUCCAAGAAGAAGUCCCAGGCCAUGCGUAUUGUGCGGACGGUGGGCCAGGCGUUCGAGGUGUGUCACAAACUCAGCUUGCAACACACACACCAGAACGCAGAUGGACAGGAGGACGCAGACAGUGACAAGACUUGCAACGAGGAGUCCACACUCUCAGCCCGUGAGUUAACAGGAGCGGAGAAGUCGGUGGUUGCUGUGGAAACAGACAUUGAUGCUGAGGAGGCUCCCUUACCAUUACCGGACAGUACGGUCGAGGAGUUUAACCGCGGGGUCACUGACCUGGAUGGAGUGUACGCUACUGCCAAGACUGACCACACACACCUCAACAACCUCGACAAGAAGGUUCCAGAGGAGGCCUCUCUGUUGCUGGCGUCCCCCAGGAUGCUUCUGCCGUCGUCGGGUACUCUGCUCAACAGUGCUCCCCUGUCAGUCCACCACCAGAUUCAGCUGCUACAGCAACAACUACAGCAACAACAGCAACAGACACAUGUAGCUGUGGCACAGGUGCACCUGUUGAAGGACCAACUGAGUGCGGAGGCUACAGCCAGACUGGAGGCCCAGGCCAGAGUGCACCAGCUGCUGCUCCAGAACCAGGACCUGCUGCAGCACAUCUCUCUACUGGUCAAACAGAUCCAAGAACUGGAGGUCAAAAUGUCUGGGCCCAGGUCCAUGGGUUCCCAGGACAGUCUAUUGGAGAUCACUUUCCGUUCCACUUUCCCCCCAGUGUUGUGUGACCCAAUGACCACUCGACCCCAGGACCACGCCAGCCUCACCCUGCCAGCGCUGGGCAUCAACAUGGGCGUGGGCCAGGACAGUACGGUCAACCCACUCUUCUCUUCCUCCCUACCCCUGGGCAGCCCCCUAGUAGACCACAGUAUGUUUGAGAAUUCCAACGCCUCCAGAGCUCCAGGCCAGUGGCUCCAGGCCUCCAGGUUGACCCAGGCCUCGGCCCGUCACUCCCUGGUCACAGCUAACCCUGCCCUGGGUAGCAGCCCUGCCGAGGCCCCCUCCUCCACCACUACCAAUGGAGGUCAGCAGAGGCUGAAGAACGCCCUGAACCUGGGCAAGGCUGUGGGGGCAAAGGUCAAUGACCUGCUGCGAAGGAAAGAGCCCAGUCAUAUAGGAGACAUUGGCGUCACAGAGAUCAACAAGAAUGUAGGAGCAGUCUGGAGCAAUAUGGAGGAGAUGACCCAGCGAACUACUGCCUAUAGUCAUGCCUCUCAGGACUCCUUCCCUCGUCUGGACCCCCCUCCUCCCGGUAAAAAAAAGCGUCUUCCUCGCACCCUGAAGACUACCCAGGACAUGAUGAUCUCGUCUGACCCCGUCGUCACCACACCCCCCGAGACCCUCGAUCACUCCCUCCUCUCCUCCCCUAACAAGACCUCCCUCAUCAGCAAUGAGCAGACCCCACCGAAGGGAGAGCAGGACGGAGAGAAUGACAGAGGGAGAGACACACUCACCGGACUGACUGACCCUCUGGACAGCGAGAGGAAAGAGGAAGAGGUGAAGAUGGAGACAAAUGGGAGCAGUAAGAUGGAUGGAGUGGAAGGGAAUGAGACAGAAGAGAGGAGAGAGGGAGAGCAGACCCAGAUUCAGCUCCAGCUCUCUGUCCCAGACCUUAUCCAUAAGGACCAUUUGGUCCCCCCCAGGUCGAGGACGUCUGAGCCCAGGCAGAAGGCCCCGGGAGCAGACACCAGGCUAGCCUCCACCCCCGUAAAAGCUCCGUACAGGAUCAGUGUGAGUGAGGAUGGGCUGAUGGAGAACAGCUCCCUCUGUGGGAAAGGAUCAGCAGACACAGAAGAGCCUGAACAACACCCCGACCUGCUUUGAGAAGACACACACACACACACACACACACACACACACACACACACACACACACACACACACACACACACACACACACACACACACACACACACACACACACACACACACACACACACACACACAAAGCCUCUGGGGAGAGGGAGAGAUAAUGGGAACAGUGAUGUGGAGAGGAGCUGGCAGAAGGAGAGCAGAAGACAGAGAUUGUUUGUGUGAGAAUAAGAAAAGGAGGGAGGAUGUUUUUGACUAGACCCUAGACUAGGGUCUUCACUAGUUACUACAGCCACAAAGUCAUAAACCCCACCUAUUUCUACAAUUUCUCUUCUUAAAAUUUGAUUUUCAACCUUAACCACACUGCUAACCUUAUGGCUAAGCUUAACCCUAAAUGAAGACCAAAAAGCACUUUUUUUAAUGAUAUAGACCAUUUUGACUUUGUAUCUGUGGUAACUAGUGGAAACCUAGGGUUAGGGGAGAGAGAUAUAGAUCGAGAUGUAGUGUGUUUGUUUGAGUAAGAGUUGGAUAUAGUGGGAGAGGAACGGUAUGUGUGAGAGAGGUAAGAGAGAGAACAAGACAGAGAUGGCGAAAGAAUAUCUAUUUUAACAUACCAUUAAGGGACAUACCAAAUCUUUUCAAGAGAACCACAACAUCUUGGUCUGCCAAACAUUGUUUUAUAACACUGUUUUAUGUCAUGUUUUAUAUUGUUAAUCUUGCAACGUAAUGUAGAAGGAAGAUAUAUACCCAGACAUUCUCGAUUUCUAAAAUGAUCUAUUUCAAAUGUCAUAGUGCCCUUUCAUGCUGAGCGAGAGAAUGUCUUUUUUUAUGAUCUUUUAUAACUGUUGCCCUUCAGGAAAUAUAUCAAGCGUUCAGCAGGGAAUAUGAAAACCAAAGUGAACACGGCAUUAACACGGACUGUAAGUUCAUGCUGUUGUGUCGGUGAUGUCAUCCUCACAACACAUAUUGAGAUAAGUAUUGUGGCAGACAUGCAAUUGGGUUUGUGCAGCCUGUACAGUAUGUGGGUUUGAUUUACAUGUGUUGAUUGACAGUCAUGGUUUUAGUAGUGCCAAUCACAGUCCUGUUGCUUUAUUUCCUUACAAUAAGGGUCAAACGUUUUAGAAUACCUACUCAUUCAAGGGUUUUUCUUUUUUUUUUUUUACUAUAUUUUCUACAUUGUAGAAUAAAAGUGAAGACAACAAAACUAUGAAAUAACACAUGGAAU